UUAUUUAAAGCCUCUGUUACCUUGCGUAUGCGUGCGUUCUCUUUCGAAUCUGAGCCCAUUCAUAGACAAUAUCUACUCCAGCUGUAGUGCCUGUGUUGUGUGUGUGUGUGUGUGUGUGUGUGUGUGUGUGCGUGUGCGUGUGCGUGCGUGUGUGAGAGAGAGAGAGUGAGAGAGAGGCUGAUAGGGGAGAUCAUAGGGGGGCAAUAGAUCUGGUUUGCACGGCUGAAAGACCAAACACAACGGGAUGGAUUUCUGCACGACGUGAAUGCGAGCGAGGAACAGCAGCCUCACACAUAAAAAGAAAGUCAGCCAGGAUAUGUCAGGGAUGGAGGUCCAAUUGGUGGACCAUAAUGAGACUGGAAUCUCUCCAGUAGACAACGAGACCUUCCUGCGUUUCUCCCCAACCUCCGCUUCCACCUCGGCGGCCGCCUCGUCACCAGGACGUCAGGGCAACGUUUAUGUUUACGUGUGGCUCUUCCUCGGCCUGCUGGUGUUCCUGCUGACGCUGCUCAUCAUCUCCCUCCACAGGCUGAAGAACAUCAUCUCCUCCUCGUCCUCUGUGCCCGACUGCAGCAGCGAGGGAGGGAGCUCCUUCACCAACAUGGAGAUCUGCAGCAUCUCCUCUCAGAGGUCCACCAUCAGCUCACUGUCCACCUGAGGGAGAUGGGAGAGAGCACGUACAGACACAUAGACAUUUAUGUCCCCAUGCAUGCAACAGGCAAGCAUGCACACACACACACAAAGCACAUAGAAGUUCAGCACCUCCUCACUGUGACAUACAAACACAAAGACGACAUGGCAUUACACCACAUGCAUGUAUAUUCUAAUCCCGAUGAGCCAGUGAGUCUGGUGUGUCCAUGCUAUUUGCGCAGGCACAGGGGAAAUAUAGCUCACAAUGUGAUGAAGAGGUUUUGAGGGUGACAGUGACUGAACCCUUCUGAGCUUUAUUUCUGCAAUCAACACCAAUGAACCUGAUGGACUGCUUCCUCUCUGCAGGAACAAGCAUAAUGAAGAACUUUUAUUAGCCUAUCUUUCCUCUUCGUUUUUUUGUAAAAUUCAUUUCUGGUACCAUCAUAUUUAAUGUAGAACAAAUAACAAGCGAUGCUUUGUACAGCGUGUCUCAUAAUAUCUGGUGUUGUUGAGAAGACUUUGGGAUGCUGUAACUUCAUUUACAACAAACGGUAAGAUACCCUAAAAAACUGUACACAUAAAAAAUACUUCAUGAUUCCCCAGAGUCUGGGGAAGGAAUGUUGCACAACACCCUGCUGUGGAUGUGCAGGUAAGAAAGAAAGGAGCAUUGUGUCUAAGAGUAUUGACAGGCAGUCAGCCUCUGACUGCAGCUACAGACAAAGCAGGUCAAAAGUGGCAUAACCAACAAGAUGAAAUUCUGGUCCUGAAAGACAUGUCUACUAGCGUAACAAUUUAUUCUCCUCUUGCCUGUCGGCUCAUAUGGUGUCCGAUUGCAGUCUCCAUAGUGACUGAAGCACGAGAGCUCUGCACAGCUGUCAGCCUUGUCUGCAUUCCAGGCUAAAGCUACAGUAAUGGCGGUUUCUGUUCAAAAUACACUUUUUUAAUAUUAAUUUUAAUACCGUGAAAUGUAGUUAAAAAAAAUACUCAAUUCAGAACAAAUGAAAAAGAUUCAUUUAUCUUUGUCACCCUUCUUCCCCUCAAAUCCAAUAACAACUAAAGAACACGGAAGGCUCAGACAGCAGGGAUGACGGCUACGAGGCUGCGAACAAUAAAAGGAGUCAGAUCUGUCAGUGUUCUUCACAAAUCCUCUGUGCAUUUCGGGUGAUGGUAGUGCAUUAGCCAGACUCUUUGGUUCCCCCAUGUAUAGUCUGUUGGAAAGCUUUUAUCACCUUCUGUACGGAUUGGCACACACAGUCACAAACAAAUUUUUAAAAAAAACACUCUCUGGUCCAUGUUUACUUACAGUAUCUAUUAGGCAGAGCAAGGGCCACACUUUUGUUUACAUUUUGGAUUAUAUAUUAGAUAUAUAGAAUGGUUGAGUUUGUCACGUAAAUUUUGCCAAACACCUUGGAGGAUAAAUGAAAGCACAAAAUUAAAGAAAAUGAUUGUAAAUGUUAAAUUUAGAUAACAAAAUGUUUACCAUUGUUACCAAUAAAGAUUGCUUAAUUUUGUAUUUUUUUACAGCUGCUGAUGAAUAUGCAAGGGGUUAUUAUCUCUAGAUGCUUUUGGUUUAAUAUAGCAAAAAAAAAAAGGUAAUCAAGAAGUAAAACCAAUGUUGAGGUGUGGUGAUUCUAGAAAAACACUGUGCAGAUUGAACCCCCGAUAUCACAUUAUAAAGUGAAGAUACAAAGUAGAUUAAAACUCCUUUCAUUUCCAA